UCCCCACAGGGACUGCGAGCUAGAGAGCCAACAGUCACCGAUCGCGGAUGCUUCCAUUUCGGCUUCUUUUUGUCUUUCUUAGUGAUGCAUAUUUGAUGAUAGCGGCAAAAGGAUCAAAUAAAACACAAAUAAGUCGCCGUUUAUUUCGUCCAGAAGGUAAUCAAUCUUGAGGAAAUGAUGAAGAAGGGAAACCAGGCGAUGUAGAUAAGCGAGGCUAAUUUUAAAAAGGGGGGAAGGAAGCGUGACUGCAAAGUUUCCUCCAGAGCCAGUUGUGCAAGAAGCAGAAGCUGCUCUAAAAGGUGCUGGUGGAGAAACGCUGGCAAAGAUGGCACACAACCAGACCGACCCCUUUCUGGAGAUACUCCGAUCUUUUAAUACGGGGGACAUGAUCCUGGCCUUCUGCUUGUCGGUGUUAGUGGGCCUGCUUCUGGGCGCCCUGGUCUACGUCCUGCUGACGUGGGCGUCCCGCCGCCGGGCCACCGCCCGAAUCACCCGAUGCUCGCGCAAGAAAGCCGGCAGAUCUUCGCGCUCGCAAAUCCCGGCGGAUGGCCAGUUAGGCCUGUACCGUAGCACUUUCCUCAGUGUCUACCGCCAGCCCUCGCUGGAGCCGGUGGGACCUGUGGGGAGCAAACUGGGACCGGAGACGUCCACCUUUCGACCUAUGCCGAGGAAAGGCAGUCUGGAGAUGGCAGAGGACACCCGCGCGAGCCCGGCCGAGGACACGACCGAUUCGGCGGCCCUGGUCCCUGACAAGCGCCACUCCUUCUGGCUGGGUGGGAACGGACUCAAGGGGUUCCUGCCCUCGCAAACGCCACCGCCUGCCUAUAACAGCAUCAUCCAUGCGUUCCAAGAAUCCUGCACUUGAAGCUAGUCAUAAAAAAAUGUGAAGAUUCUAUCCGAGGGAAGGGUGUGGCUUUAACGAUCCUGUGAGGCGCGCAGUUUUGAGAUUUGUUUCUAAACACGGUGGCUUUUUGAGAUGCGAGUGACCUGACUUCAACUGAACAUGUGCCUUAAGAACAGCCCCCGCUAGCUUCCUGCAAACAUAUAAUGGCUCGCUAACAGUUAGCAUCGAUGGUUGACAAUUUAAGCAAUUUGAAGACAAAUGUUGGAAAAAAGGCAGAUCUUAUAACACUCACAGGCCUGUAUUUUUUAUCCUUGACAAAAAAAUUACCAAUAUUACUGUAAUUCUUUUCAUUAAGAAGCAAAGUGGUAUGUCUGCAGAGUGAAGUUUAUAGCUUGAUUGCUCCUCAUUUUCCACGCACACAAAUGUUGCAGGUCAAUUUUGCCCUGAGCCAAGAAUAUCCCGUCUGUAACAAAUGAUGAACUACAGGUCUUUUUAACAUCUAUUAAUAUCCUUGAGGACCAGAUAUCUCUGGCCUUCAUACGUAAACGCUUUAUUCCUAAUAAAUACUCCAGAGAGAAAA